GCCGGUGUUUUUUUAAAGAAAACACACUAAAAGGAGAGGUGGAUAAAUAUGUUCAUUCAUGUGGACGUAGCUCACAACACUGUGCACACUUCCGAAGUUUGUGUUAAUUUGUAGAUUUAUUUUUUAAAGGAAUUUAAUCGCUAUGGACUGUGUUUUAAAGAUUUUCUUAGUGGUCUCUUGCUUGGCCGCAGUACAGUCGGCGCCCAGACAGAAGAGGCUCACAGUCGCUGAGAAUGAACCGAAUCAUUAUUACAAUAACAACGAUGGUCAUGGAAUAUAUUCCUUUGGUUACGACGUAUCAGAUGUCGCAACUGGGAACACUCAGUACCGCUCAGAGCAGCGUUACUCCAAUGGCACGGUUACUGGCGGCUAUGGUUACGUAGACCCGAAUGGUGUACCACGGAGGUUUCGGUAUAUUGCCGAUAAACUUGGUUACCGGGUAUUCCCAGACUUACAAAGGAAUCAACCCUAUGUCUUACCUCAUUCUGGGACCGAAGCUACUGAGUCAUCCAUCACUUGGACAAGACCUCCAAAACCUUACAAGAACAAAGUUAUCAACAACUUUGUUGCACAGCUUGGCACAAUAUUUGCUAAAAACAAUCUCAUUUGAAAACAAUGGGUGAACUCUCUGAGUCGUUAAGCAUUUAUUCAUCAUUUUCACUUUAGCUUUAAAUUAUUUAUUUCAUAUUUAAAACUAUGUUCUGUCAACUAUUUAUCAAAUCUCAUCUUAUCUAAAUCUUCUUCAUUAUCAUUAUUAUCAUCUGCCACAACUUCUUUUCCAUUUUGUUUAGAAUUAGUUAUUUUGUCCAUAUAUUUCUUUUUUUCGCGUCUAACUUCAGAAGAGUAAAUUGUUUGCACUAAAUAAUGCAUAUUAUUUAGUUGUAAGCUCAUCGCAUUACUUCAUAUUGAAAAUGAAGUUGGCCAUAUUGGGCAAAAAAAACUCGUCAUCAUCAUUUCUAUUAACUAUUUAUACUAAAAAGGUUAUAACAGAUAAAAUGCUAAAAGAAAUCAGAAGAAUAAAACUAAGUGACACUGUCAA